AUGAGAUUUACUGUCUAUUUGAGGCUUUCGAGUGAAGAUGACAUAUGCUUUCUUUGUAUAUGUGUUCAGAAUACUUCAGUUCCACUAAGCUUACUCGGUAUAUGGCGAAAGGUUGGAGAAGCUGAGUUUAUUUGUACAGUUACUCCAGGUGACAAAAUGACAGUGGUACUGGAAUCAAACUACCUACGUGUAAAAAGUCAUUUAGGAGAGACGAAAUUCCACCAUAUUGAGGUACCGGAAGAUGAUCAGUCAGUAGCUAAAACAAUAAAAUGCCAAAUGCUGCAAAUGGCAGAAUUAAAUGAAUCAUCCUUUGGAAAACUUAUAAUCAGAAAACAUUCCAGUAACUCAAUCUUCCAAACAAUUUUUGAAGUUAAACUGGAUCUGAAUUUUGAAAGCUCGUUUUUGAAAAGAGGAAGUUCGUGGACUGUAGAAAGCCUCUAUGACCUAGCAUCACUGUACGGGUACCUUCAUUCACCAUUCAGAUGGCAUCGUUUCGCAGAGUUACUUGGUUUUACUUCAAAGGAAAUCCAUGAAAUAAAUGAAACACUCUCACAAACUGAAUACUAUGUUAAUGACUCAACUAUAUCAGAAUCAAACUUAAUGACACCAAGAAGAAUAUUUUGCUUAUUACUAUCUAAGUUUCAAAAGUUUGGUGGAUGCUUAUCUCAAGUUGCAAGUAUCCUUUAUACAGCCUCACGAAAUAAAAAUGAGAUUCCUGAUAAUCUAUCACAACCGAACAAAUACUUAAAUGAUUUUAAAAUGUUUUCAGAUUGUUAUCACCAUAAUCAUCCAAAAUCUUACAUAUACUUUAAUGAUGAUGAGUCCUCUGUUUCAGAGCGAAUUUGUCAACCUCAAAAAAUAACUAAUAGUAUCUGUCAUCCGAACCAACUGAAUCAGAAUAUAAAUUUUCCUAUUACUGAACAGUAUAAUCAUGUUGAAACACAUUAUGGAAGUGGAGGUGAUCAUUAUCAGCCUAAACAAAUUAUAAAUGAAUCAAGAAGAAAGAUAUUUAGAAACGGUAGUCUAGAUAGAAUGAUGAAUUUGAAAAAACCAUGGUCAAGACAUGUUAGACGAAGAAAUAGCUUGCCCACGACUGACCAAUUAAAUGAUCCUAAUCAUAUUAUUACACUACCCACCUUUAAACUGGCAAACGAAUUUGAAAAUUUUAUAGAAUUUGGUACACCUAUUAAACGUACCUCCUCUUAUCUUAAUUCAGAUGAAGAAAUAUCUCAAAUCACAUCACAUAAAAAACAAUGUACAAAUAAUAAUAAUAAUAUUGAAAUCCGGCAACAAAAACAUGAAUCUAUUCGUAAGCCUAAAAUUAUAACAAAACGUCGAGCAGAUAAAAAUUUACAUCAACAGCGUAGAUCAAAUCAAGCUUUAUUACCUAAUCUAUGGCAUCCUUCGAUAUCUUCAACAACGGACAAUACAACUAAACAUAUAUUAAAUGUUGUAAAUGCAAAAAUUGAAGAAACUAAACGAGAAACUGAAGCAAUUCAUAAGAAUGUUAUAUCAUUUUUGGAAAAAAUACAAUCCCCUGUUAAAAAUAUACCAAAUUUCACUGAAUGUAAUCAAAAAGUCAAAGAAACCAAUUCAUUAUUUCUUUUUUCAGAUAGAUCUAUUCAAGAUAAUGAUAUAUGGGAUAUUAUUCACUUAUGUAAUAAUAAUACUAAUGCACCGAAUUGGAAAAGUUGGCUUAAAAUAUGUCAUCCUACAUAUAAUGAACUAAAUCUAUUCGAUAAAAACUGGUCGAAAGUUUUAAAUUUUAAUAAAAUUGAUCAACGUUAUACAUCUUAUCUUAUUUUAUUAAACUGGAUAGAGAUUAAUUCGAAUCCUGAAACAAGCAUUAAACCAACUUAUAUGAAUUUAUUUAAACAAUUAAUGAAUGAAGGUUAUAAUGAAUUUGUGAUUUUAUGUAAACAAAAACUUUUCAAUAUUAAUUCACGCAAACGAAAUUUUAUUGGUUAG